AUGAGUCAUAUGCUGCACGCGCCUAUUAUCCUCUUAAAAGAGGGGGCAGACACCUCACAGGGGCGGGGCCAAAUAAUUAGUAAUAUAAAUGCAUGUCAAGUUGUUGUGGAUAUCGUUAGAAGCACUCUUGGCCCCAGAGGCAUGGAUAAGUUAAUUCAAGGAGAGAACGGCUCUGCUACUAUCACAAACGACGGUGCAACAGUUUUAAAUUUGCUACAAGUUAAGCAUCCUGCUGCAGCUCUUUUAGUAGAUGUUGCGCAGAGUCAGGAUCUAGAGGUGGGGGACGGCACGACAUCAGUGGUGGUGUUGGCGGGGGAGUUGCUGCAGGAGGCGAAGAAUUUUAUUGAAGAGGGGAUGGCCCCGCAGAUUAUCGUGCAGGGUUUACGAGCAGCAAGAGACUUAGCGCUGCAGCGCAUUGAUGAGGUGAAGAUUUCUCUCGCUGAUCAGUCCCCUGAGUAA